GUUAGUCUAUCGAAUAGAUUGGCGUUGUCAAACCCGGUUACUGUAACGGCGCAGGUAAGACUACUCGGAUCAGUAUCGGCAGUAGUGUCACUCAGAGGCAUAUGGGAGUGCGUGGGACAUCAAACGAGCCUUGAUUCGAAUAGACACCUAUAG